AUGACCCGUGCGAACGCGCUUGUAGAGCGGGAGCUAUACGUGCGCCAUCUGUACACAGCAUCGCGCGCUGCACUCCUGUUGAAAGAGGCGCUGCUUGUAAAGGACCACCUCGCCGAGGUGAACCCCGCGAGCCUCCGCGAAAUGUCGGGCCUGCACGAGCUCGCGUCGCAGCUGCUGUAAGAGCUUCUGCCGCGCAAGACACAGCUGACAGCGCUGUACAAGGACGUGCUGGUGAACCGAAGGGACAUGGAUACGCGCCCCGUUGAGCUGCCGAUCCCGAUCGCGGAGGAGAAUCUAGUUAUGUUCGGUCAGCAGCUGAUGAGAGCCCUGUGGAAGUACGUCUGGGAUGUGGGUCGCUACGACGAGUUGCCGCACCCGUUUGGCGGGAUGGUGAUGGAGGCCUCGCAGAUGAAGUACUGCUGGUUGCCAGACAGCCGUAUCGGGUGUCUGCUGGCGACGAUCCACGAGAUAGGGCAUACCCAGUACAGGCAGAACUGCGGCUCGCGCGAGCUGCUUGGGCAGCCGGUAUGUGAGGCACACUCCAUGACGAUCCAUGAGAGUCAGUCGCACUUGGUAGAGUAUCUGACUCCCGCUCUUCGCGACUCCUUCAGCGACCAACCGGCCCUCACGGUCGACAAAGCGUGCAAGACCAACCAAUGGGUAGCGUGCGGCUACAACCGUGUGAAGGAGGACGAGGGGAGCUGCUCGUGGCACAUCCUGCUGCGCUACGAAAUUGAGUGCAACGUGGUGGAAGACUGA